UUCUUCCAUAUUUCUUCGUAUAUUUUCCACGUUGGCAAACACACAAGGCGACAGCUCUAAUGGCUUCCAACAGUCUUCUUCUCACCGUCCUUCUCAUACUCGUUUCUAUCUGUCUAACUUCCGGUUAUUCUCAUCCCACAAGAGAUCUCUUGUUUAAACAAGACGAUGAAUCAUACUCUAUGUCCACGAGCGAACAAGGAUCGUCGAUGAUUGAUGUUGAAGAUCUAGUGAAAGCUCGAAGCCUUCAAGCUCUACUCGCUGGCUCAAAAGUGGCUGUGAAUAAAGCUAAGAGCACUUCAUUCAAGGGUUCAAAGAAGAAAAAACAUAAGAGUAAAGUAGGAUCAUUGGAUGUUUCAGCCCUUGUUGGAAUCAUCAUCGCAGCAAUUGUGGUUACUAUUAUCAUCAUCUGUGUUAUAUACUUUCUCUAUCUGAAACACAAAACAAAAAAGGCUGAAAGUCUUGGACAAGAGAAAACAAAUGGAUCAUCGAUAAAUCAGACAUCAAAAACAGAUGAUAUUAUUGUCUAGAAAAGAACAUCAUCGCCAACUACAUUUUAUUUUAUUUUCUGUGAUUUUUUUGUUAGAUAGCUUAUGUAGUGGAUGUGUUAAAAAAAAACAAAAGUGUAUGUAAUGGCAUUUGCAAAUUAUUAAAUUGUACCUGUUCAAUUUGUUUAUUAAAUUAUAUGUAUACUCUUUUUUCUCUUUA